UCAUAUCAAGCUUAAUCAAAUUCUCCUUUAUUUAUGCCUCUUUUAGACUUGUUGAACAAAGCCUGCAUGGAAAAUCAAACUAUAAUAACAGAGUUUAUACUCUUGGGACUCUCCAGUGAUCCACAGCUACAACUGUUUCUCUUCCUGUUGUUUCUAAUAAUAUAUGUUGUUACAUUAUUGGGGAACACAGUGAUCAUGCUGGUGAUUAGGCUCGAGUUCAUCCUUCACACCCCUAUGUUCUUCUUCCUCAAUCAUUUAGCUUUUGUAGACAUCUGCUAUUCAUCUGUCACUCUCCCCAAAAUGCUGAGAAACCUCAUAACAUCGCAGAAAACUAUUUCCUGGGAAGGCUGCAUUGCGCAGAUCUUCUUUUUUUUCCAGGCUGCUUGCGUCGAAGUAUUCAUUCUCUCAGCAAUGGCUUAUGACCGAUAUGUUGCUAUAUGUGACCCACUACACUAUACCACAAUCAUGAAAAAAGAAAUCUGCAGACAACUGGUGGGUGGAGCCUGGAUUAUGGGCUUCUUGUAUGGUGUGGCGAAUGCACUACCCUUGGUGAAUUUGCAUUUUUGCCGAAACAAUAAAAUCAACCACUAUAGCUGUGAAAUUCCUUCCCUUCUCCCCUUGUCUUGUGAUGCAACUGUCACCAACUAUGUUGUACUUCUUGCCUCUAGUUUUCUCUUUGGCUUAACCUCGUUCCUCCUCACCCUUGUCUCCUAUAUUUACAUCAUUGUCACCAUUCUGAAGAUUCAUUCGGCAGAAGGAAGAAGCAAAGCCUUCUCUACCUGCAGUUCCCACCUCAUUGUUGUGGUUUUGUUUUAUGGAACUGGUUAUUUCCGUUAUCUGAGACCCAACUCAUCCUCUUCAGUGGUUAUUGAUCAAAUCUUUUCCAUCCAAUAUAGCAUUUCUACACCCAUGUUAAACCCUAUUAUCUACAGCCUGAAGACUAAAGAGGUGAAGGAAGCCAUUAAGAAACUAGUGAGACAAAAUAUCCAUUACUCAUGUUGA